UCAAGAGGGCGCAUUUGAAAGCCGGCGGAGGUAAGAGACGCGGCGGGUUCUCCCCGCUUAAGCAUGGAGGAUGUGGCGGCCAAGUACGUGUCCCAGAAAGUUAGUAAGGCCCGCUGGCGGCCCGUGUCUGCCGCUGCCCUGCAACCUCCCGAGGUCUUCGCUACCGGCUCGUGGGAUAACGAGGAAAAUAAGAUUUCAAUUUGGUCUGUUGGAGACUUCGGAAGUUUGACCCCAAAUGGAGAAUAUCAUGGAGAACCACAUCUGCUAUGUGAUAUUGAACACAGUGGUGAUGUUAUGGAUAUGGAGUUUUUGGAUCAGGAGAGAAUUGUGACUGCUUCAUCCACUGGAAGUGUGACCAUAUUCAGGCAUCAUCAAAAUAAUCAGACUCUGUCUUUAAACCAGAAAUGGAAAAAUGCACAUUACUAUGAUGCAUCUGGUGGCAGUGCAUCAUGCACUGGGAUCAUAUGCAACAGCCCUGAAAUUUUUACGGUUGGUGAAGAUGGUAGGAUAAAUGUGUUUGAAGUUGACCAUAAGGAAGCUAAACGUACUAUAGAUAAUGCUGACAGCAGUACACUCCAUGCAGUUACUCAACUUCGCACAACAGAGAUCCUGACAGUCAAUUCCAUUGGUCAGCUAAAAGUAUGGGAUUUCAGACAGCAAGGAAAUGAGCCUUCACAGAUAUUUUCAUUGACAGGGGAAAGAGUUCCACUGCACUGUGUGGAUAGGCACCCUAGUCAGCAGCACAUUGUAGCCACAGGCAGCCAAGAUGGAAUGCUGAGUAUUUGGGAUGUAAGACAAGGCGGCAUACCAGUUUCCUUGCUAAAUGCUCAUGACGCAGAAUUAUGGGAAGUCCACUUUCAUCCCUCCAAUCCUGAUCAUCUGUUCACUUGUUCAGAAGAUGGAGCUCUGUGGCACUGGGAUGUUUCCACUGAUGUGUCUGAAAGAAAAUCAUUCCUUCAUACAGGUGGGAGAAGUACUACUACAUAUCUGCCUCACAGUGCAGUUAAUCAAUCUGUAACAAGUGCCUGGCUGAGCAAUGAUCCCACUAAAGACCGCAUGGAGAUCACAAAUUUAGUUUCAAAUCCAACAUUAUCUGUGAAUAGUUUAGAUGUUUUAGGAUCAUGUCUUGUAUAUGGAACUGAUGCAGAAUCUAUUUAUGUUAAAAAAAACCUAUUUGCAUAAUUUUAUCUCCACCAAAGCUGAUUUUGAACUUGUAAAUGCUGAAAUACAUACAUUUUCUAGCCAUAAACUAGGGGAAUAAUUUGUAAUGGCAGAUAAACUACAAUUCACAUUGCAGCCUCGAUUCUUUAACCAUGUUACAUAAAAGAAAAAUAAUUGCCAUUUCUUUCUAGUUCAUGGGUUACCAACUCCUCUUUGCAGUAAGCUACCUAAAGCUCAAAAAUUUAAAAGGAUAGUUCAGCCACUUUUACAGUUCUUCAGCAAUCAUGAAGAGUAUAAUUAAUGUUUAGGUUACUGAUAGUGGCAGUAGGUUAAUUUCUGAACAAAUGCUUGUUUUGGGGAGACUUACGUUGCAUUUGUAUGUACCAAUUAGGUUACAAUACUUCUAAUCGAAGCUGGAAAAAAUAUAAAUCUUGGCAAAAGAAAACAGAAACAGUAGACUGUUAAAAUGCUUCAAAAUUUUAAUAGUAAGCCAUGAAAUGGUUUUAAAUAGUAACUUUAAUGUGACACUGCAUACCUCCAACACUGUAUCUGACAAUAAGAUCAAUCUUUGGCCUGUCAUACAAAUUCCAUUUAGAUUAGCACUGUUACUAUGAAUUUUUACUUGGAAGUAAGUCCCACUGAUUUCAGGAAGACUUUUUCCCAGUUAAGUGUGCUAAGGUUCAACAGCCUUGUCAAUUUAAGAAACACAACUGUUUGUAAAAUUGUUAAAUCACUGACUGCAUGUAUCAUUUAUGAGAAAACUUUUUUAUUAAACUGUCAAUAGAA